GAGGGAUGUGACCGUUUCAAAGCAUUGCAAGGAAAGAAGUCACUAGCCCCGUUUUGUUUUUCAGGGAGCGGGGGACGACGCAAAAAUUGGAUACUAUAGUCUUUUUGAGGCACAAAGACUAACAUUUAUUGCAACACAAGCUUUCGUGGACCGAGGAUAACUCCUAAAUCAUUCGGGCGGGGCAUGCCCCUUCUAUAGCAGCAGAAGAGGCAGUAUGAGGCGCGGACGUAAGGGAGCCUGGCGGCUGCGCUGUAAAAUCAGUAAGAACGAGAGAGAGAGACGCCGUCGUCAUGUCGCUAGCCACGCAGCAGCAAGAGGAGAAGACCAGUGGGAACAAGAUGAGAUCUGUGACUGUGGAUUUAAAUAUUGACCCUUCACUGCAAAUUGAUAUCCCUGAUGCUCUCAGUGAAAAAGACAAAGUGAAGUUCACAGUCCAUACUAAGACCACACUGCCAGUUUUUCAGGGCACAGAAUUCUCAGUUACAAGGCAGCAUGAAGAUUUUGAGUGGCUACAUGAUACAUUUAUUGAGACAGAAGAGUAUGCAGGACUAAUUAUUCCUCCAGCACCUCCAAAGCCUGACUUUGAUGGCCCCAGAGAGAAGAUGCAUAAGCUUGGGGAAGGAGAAAUGUCUAUGACAAAAGAGGAAUUUGCCAAAAUGAAGCAAGAGUUGGAAGCGGAGUACCUUGCAGUCUUCAAGAAAACUGUAUCAUCGCACGAAGUGUUCCUUCAGCGAAUUUCCUCCCACCCUGUUCUCAGCCAAGAUCACAACUUCCAUGUCUUCCUUGAGUAUGAUCAGGAUCUAAGUGUUCGGAGGAAAAACACAAAAGAAAUGUUUGGUGGCUUCUUCAAAAGUGUGGUGAAGAGUGCUGAUGAAGUUCUGUUCUCUGGGGUUAAGGAAGUAGAUGAUUUCUUUGGACAAGAGAAGACGUUUUUUGUAAACUACUACAACAGAAUCAAGGAAGCAUGUGCAAAGGCAGAUAAGAUGACAAGAUCUCAUAAAAAUGUUGCAGAUGACUAUAUUCAUACUUCGGCUUGCUUAAAUAGCCUGGCUCUGGAAGAACCAGCUGUCAUUAAAAAGUACUUGAUGAAAACUUCUGAGCUCUUUGAGAAACUCCGGAAAGUAGAGAAUCGUGUUUCUUCUGAUGAAGACUUCAAACUAACAGAGUUACUAAGAUAUUAUAUGCUCAAUAUAGAAGCAGCAAAGGAUCUCUUGUACAGACGUACACGGGCCCUUGUGGAGUAUGAGAACUCAAAUAAAGCUUUGGAUAAAGCUAGGUUGAAAAGCAAAGAUGUCCAACUAGCAGAGGCACAUCAGCAAGAAUGCUGUCAAAGAUUUGAGAAACUUUCUGAAUCUGCAAAACAAGAACUGAUCAACUUCAAACAGAAGCGAAUAGCAGCAUUUCGUAAAAAUCUAAUUGAAAUGACAGAACUCGAGAUCAAGCAUGCAAAGAAUAAUGUUUCUCUUGUGCAAAGCUGCAUUGACUUGUUAAAGAAGAACUGAAGGCAUCUUACCUGAUUGGGGUGGAGGUGGGGAUAACACUUGACAGUUGCACUCAGGCAGCCAUAUGGGACUCCCAUUUCUGGCUUGGUUUCCUUUGGACAUCUUUAUUUGGUUAAAAGCUUAAUCCAGCUGACGCUGAUGCAUUGAUCUCAAUGAUAAAAAUAUUGUGCUGCAUAAAGAUUUGCUUGGAUUGUGAUUAACACUGUGUUAUUUCGCAAAGUGAGAAAUCAAUAUAUGUGUUAAAUUUGAUAACUGGUAAACUGCUAUUGUGGCAGAAACUGGCUUCUGGAGAAAUUGCUUAGCACUGAAAAGACGUUUGUGUAGUGGGACAUUUGAACUUACAGUCUACCAUGGUGGCUACACCAUGACCCAAAUAUCUGAAGUAUUUUGUGCAAAUGGCUAAAGCAAAUGCUUAUGCAGUUUUGUAAAGAAAAGCCUUAACAUUCCAUUUCAUAGACUUCUAUUGCAAUAUGUUUGAAUUCACUGUGUAUACUCUUGCACAACACAAAAUAAAGAUGUCUACACUUCA